AUGGUCUUCCUUCAGUCCACAGUUCUUGGCUUGGUCAUUGCGGCCACGGCCUUUGCGCUGCCGUCCAAAGGUAGGGGUACAGUUGGACAGAGAACUACUUCACCGAGCUCAUUGCGCCUUUCAGUAUUGCCCAGACAAGCCGGCUGUGACACCCCUUCUUACAUCCCCUUCAACGAGACGCAGCUCCCGAACCCCUUCGUCCUCAACAAUGGUGCCCCUGUCACUACUCUCACGGAAUGGGCUUGUCGUCGUUCUCAAAUAUCGAGCUUGAUUCAAGGCUACGAAGCCGGCUAUUUGCCUCCUAGGCCCCCGAUUGUCACCGCUCAGUUUGCCAGAUCUGGGACCAAUGCGAACUUAACCAUCACUACUGGCGCUCUCGGGAAGACGGUUUCAUUCACCCCUACCAUCGUCUAUCCUACUACAGCCGCCCCGGCUGGUGGAUAUCCUGUGGUUAUUGCCUACGACUUCCUGACUAUCCCUGUCCCUGACGGGAUUGCCAUCAUGACCUACGGCAAUAGCGAAAUGGCUGAGCAGAAUGACCUGAGUAGCCGGGGCCAGGGUAUCUUCUACGAUCUCUACGGCUCGAAUGCCACUGCUAGCGCCAUGAUCGCGUGGGCUUGGGGGGUCAGCCGCAUCAUCGACGCGCUCGAGAUUACCCCAUCCGCAAACAUCAACCCCGCCAAGGUAGCCGUGACGGGCUGCUCACGGGACGGCAAAGGCGCCAUGAUGGCAGGCGCUUUCGAGCCUCGCGUCGCGCUCACCAUCCCACAGGAGUCGGGCUCCGGCGGAGACACCUGCUGGCGUCUGUCCAAAUACGAACAGGACAUGGGUGAUGUCGUGCAGCAGGCGACAGAGAUUGUCACAGAGGAUCCCUGGUUCUCCGCCAACUUCGACAACUGGGUAUACAACAUCAGCCAGCUCCCGUACGAUCACCACUCGCUCGCGGGCAUGAUUGCGCCGCGCCCGAUGAUCUCGUACGAGAACACGGCGUUCGAGUGGCUGAGCCCGCUCAGUGCGUACGGGUGUAUGACCGCAGCGCACACGAUCUGGGAGGCCAUGGGCGUGCCGGAGAACCAUGGGUUCGUCCAAGUCGGGGACCAUCCCCACUGCGAGUUCCCGACGUAUUUGAAUGAGUCUCUGUUUGCGUUCUUCGACAAGUUCUUGUUGGACGAGCCGAACGUGAACACGUCGUAUUUCUCGACCAACGGCCAGUUCAACGGGACUGCGUGGGUGCCGCAGGAUUGGAUCAACUGGGAGACUCCCACUUUGACUUAA